AUGAAGAAAUUUGCGUCUCUUUUUCAGCAGCAUCACCUCAUGGAUUUGCCUUUAAUUGAAAGUCACUUCACAUGGAACAGAAACUCUUCUUGGAGCAAGCUUGACCGUUUUCUUAUAUCAUCCUCUUGGGAAGAAAAUUACUUAAGGAUUGAGCAAACAACCUUACCCAAGCCAUUUUCAGAUCACUGUCCCAUAUUGUUGUCCACACAGAGUGAAGGUUGGGGUCCAACUCCGUGCAUAUUUGAGAAGAUGUGGUUGCAAGAUCCCACAAUCAUGGAGCUCAUGCUAAAUUGGUGGCAUUCCUUCAGCUUCACUGGAUCUCCUGGUUUUAUUCUUGAGAAAAAAAUGCAGGCUCUUAAAAGAAAGUUGUGUGAAUGGAACCGUGAGGUUUUUGGAAAAAUUGACACCUUAAUCCAAAACAAUCUCAUUGCAGGUCAACUUGUGGAAUCUAAAUUGUUAUUGGAUCCUAAUAAUGCUCAACUAGCGACAGAAAAAAUUGAAACAAAGUAUGAAUUCAAGAGAUCAACGAAGAUGCAUAAUGAUUUUUGGAAACAAAGAGCGACCAUCAACUGGGUUGAGGAACAUGAAAAUAAUACCCGUUUUUUCCACAAGUAUGCAUCCUCAAAACAAAGAGCCCAUGAUGAUGCCAACAAACUUGAAAUCAAGUUCACAGAAGAUGAAGUUAAAACUGCUUUAGCUGAGUUAGCCCAGGAAAAAACUCCAGAUCCGGACGGCAUGCCCAUAUUUGUCAUUAGCAAGUCUUGGGAUUUCAUGAAGCAUGACAUUCUCCUGGUCAUGGAGGAGCUCUACUACAACAACUCGAUUGAUUGGAGACUCAGGUCAACUUUUCUUGUUCUCAUUCCGAAAAUGCAAGACUUAGAGUUCAUGACUGAUUUUCGUCCAAUUAGCUUAAUGAAAAACAUAAACAAGAUUAUAUCAAAGGUCAUUGCCAGAAGACUCAAAAGGUUCUUCCCACAAUUAUAA